AUGACGGAACAGGCCAUUUCCUUCGCCAAGGACUUCCUGGCUGGCGGCGUUGCUGCCGCCAUCUCCAAGACGGCCGUGGCCCCCAUCGAGUGGGUCAAGCUGCUGCUGCAAGUACAGCAUGCCAGUAAACAGAUCACCGCUGACAAACAGUACAAAGGCAUCGUGGACUGUAUAGUCCGCAUUCCCAAGGAGCAGGGCGUUCUCUCCUACUGGAGGGGUAACUUGGCCAAUGUCAUCUGCUACUUCCCCACCCAAGCCCUCAACUUUGCCUUUAAGGAUAAGUAUAAGCAGAUGUUUCUGGGCGGUGUAGACAAGCACACACAGUUUUGGAGGUAUUUUGCUGGCAACCUGGCCUCCGGUGGGGCAGCUGGAGCCACAUCUCUCUGCUUGGUCUAUCCACUGGAUUUUGCUAGAACCCGUUUGGCGGCUGAUGUUGGGAAAUCUGGUGCAGAAAGAGAAUUCAAAGGCUUGGGAGACUGUCUCGUGAAAAUCACAAAGUCUGAUGGCAUACGGGGCCUGUACCAGGGCUUCAAUGUUUCUGUGCAAGGCAUCAUCAUCUACAGGGCAGCCUAUUUUGGCAUGUAUGAUACGGCCAAAGGUAUGCUCCCCGACCCCAGGAACACACACAUCGUGGUGAGCUGGAUGAUUGCUCAGACUGUGACAGCUGUGGCUGGUGUGGUCUCCUACCCCUUUGACACUGUGAGGUGGCGGAUGAUGAUGCAGUCUGGGCGCAAAGGAGCUGACAUCAUGUAUAGCAGGACUGUCGAUUGCUGGAGGAAGAUUUUCAGAGAUGAAGGUGGCAAAGCCUUCUUCAAGGGUGCAUGGUCCAAUGUUCUCAGAGGCCUGGGUGGAGCCUUUGUGCUGGUCCUAUACGACGAAUUCAAGAAAGUCAUCUAAGUGUGUCUGUCUUCCUAGAAAUGGGAACAAGAGAAUCAUGUAGAAUCCUUACUUAACCAUUAUGGACCAUUGACCUUCAAGAAAUUCCUAUUGUUUUUACCCAAGCAGAUCAAGUCUGUAGAGGGCUAGGGAAAGCUCUAGAAAAGGGGAUCAUCGUGAUCACAUUUGACCAUUGGCACUGCUGAUUCCAUGUAUUGAUUAUUGGGGGGAGGGGAAUCAUGACC